UCUGUGAGUUGAGUGAGAGUUUUAUCACUUUCUCUGUUUUUGUAUUUUGCUCCGUGGACGUGAGCAUUGGGCCGAACCACGUAAAACUUGUGUUCUGUGUGUGUGUGUGAUAUAUAUUAUGGGUGUCUAUGAUCCUAACAAGAGAUGGAAAGGUAUGAUGAUAAGGGUAGUGUUUGUGUAACAGGUGGAACAGGGUAUGUAGCAUCAUGGUUGAUCAAGAAGCUACUUGAACAUGGUUACACAGUUCGAACUACAAUUAGAUCUUCCAACCACCCAGAUAGCAAGAAAGACCUCAGCUACCUCACAAACCUUCCAUGUGCAUCAGAAAAGCUUCAAAUUUUCAAUGCAGAUCUUGAUCUGCCGGAAAGUUUUGAUGAAGCUAUCCAAGGCUGCAUUGGAGUCUUCCAUGUGGCUCAUCCGGUUGAUUACGGGGAGAAAGAGCCUGAAGAAAUCAAGAUCCAAAGAGCAAUCAAUGGGACUCUUGGCAUUUUAAAGGCAUGCCUUGAUUCGAAGACUGUGAAACGAGUCGUAUACACUUCUAGCGCAUCCACCAUUAUGUUUAACGACAAGGGUUUAGAUGUUUUGGAUGAGAAUCAUUUGAGUGAUAUAGACUAUAUUAGGUCCGUAAAGAUUUAUGGAGUUUCAUACAUGAUCUCGAUGACAUUAACUGAAAAGGUUGCUUUAGAGUUUGCUGAAAAACAUGGAUUGGAUCUUGUCACUGUAAUUCCUACCGUUGUCAAUGGACCCUUCAUCUGUCCUCGUGUGCCCAGUUCAGUAAACUUUUCAAUGGCAAUGAUCUUCGGGAAGAAAGAAAAUUGUAAGUAUCUUGGUAAAAUACAAAUGGUGCAUGUAGACGAUGUGGCCAGUGCACAUAUCUUCCUUUUUGAAUAUCCUCAUGCAAAAGGGAGGUAUUUGUGUUCGGCAUUUGACAUAACAAUCGAUAAGAUGUUUGAAUUUUUAUCGGCCAGAUACCCAGAAUAUCCAAUACCAACACUCGAGUGAGCUCUAAUUUUGUUUACUUUUCCCAUAUUUUUUGUCUUGUUAUUUUCAUUUGUCAGAAAAAAAACAUAUCUCAGUCAUCAACC